AUGGCCACUUUUGAUGAAAUUGAUCGCCGGUUUACGACGGACUUCAACGCUGCUAUUGCGCUGCUCGAACAAGACGAAUUCGAGAAGUGUACCGAGGCCGUCCGCAAUUUGCUCGCCGACUCCGCUAUCCCUCGUUUUCACCGCAUCAAAUGUUUCACGAUGCUUGCAUGUCUUCUGGAUGACUUCCAUGAAGCAUACGUCUUUUACGUCAAGGGCGAAACCCUUUGGCGUAUUACGAAGCAAUGGCAUGGUAACGAUCCAAAUCCGGAUCUGAAAGAGGCGCUGGAUGACCUUCACGAGGGCUUAGAAGAGACAAGGGAAGCUUUGGUCAAUGACGAGGAACGGCCCGAGGACACACCAGUCCCGGAUGUUGAGGCGGAUGUGCUUCGUACCCUAGAGUUUUACUAUGUCGGAGUGGAGGAGGACUACGAGAUCGCGGAGGCAGACAGAGAGACGGGGUCAGAGGACGAGAUGAGCGACGACGACAUGGGUGGCGAAGAGGAAGUGAGCGACAGGGAAACGAAGGUCGAGGUCGAGCAAAAAUUGGGCGACAAAGACGAGAGCGAUGCGCAGAAGGUUAGCGAAGAGGAGACAGCGGUACCGGAUCAAGAGCCAAAGGACGAGAUGGUGCUACCAUACCGUCCGGCACACACACGCUGA